UUGUGAAGGUGGGAGACGAGUUUUGAGCCCGGCGGGAAGGAUGUUUGCCGAUAGCAGCCAGGUGGGAUGACUGUGUGUGACCUCACGGCGUGGGAGGAACAAUUGACCCGAUGGUACUGGAGUACCAAAAGACUGAACAGUCUCGCCGGAAGCAGCCCAAAGAUAAGUCUACACUGCGCAAGCUCCAUGCACCCUCCCUCUAUCAUGAAGAGCCCUCAUGCUGAGUCAUACCAGUGGAUGAUAGCAUUUUGCUAUUUGAAAGCACAUUCUCAAGGCAAGUCAUAGAGAUGCGUCUUUUUUUUAUUUAUAGGUCAUUAGGUUCUCCUCUUACACAUCUAACUAUAAGGAUGAGAAGGAAGUUCCAGUCAUUACAUUAGUCAUUUAGUUUAUUGACCUCAAAAGACACCUGAGAAUUUGUUUCAUUUUAUGUUGACGCUGCAUGCACUAAUAAUUAUUACGCCAAACCUUUGAAACCGUUUCAUGAUUACGCCUGCAGCAGUAAGUUGUUUGAACUUUACUUUUCUUUUUUUUUUUUUUUUUGGAGGGAGGAGGCCCGCCACUCCUGCGGUAUCUGCUUGACAACGGCCCGGGGGAGACCUCAUGUACGUCGAGUAUCAGUGGCGGUUCAGUUAAGCGUCAGUUUGAGAAGUCCAAUUAACGCCCAUAAUGAUUGCUCCAACGUGAAGGAUCCAAAUCAGGUUGUUGAGAAUCAAUAUCUUCCAUUGGAAGUAUUGAAACCUGAAUUUGGUACUGGUGAAGCAUUAUUCAUCUUUCGAAGAAGUGAUGGUGAGUUUCAUUGCAGCUGUCUGGAUGGACUUUCCCUAGCUUUGAGCAAACGCCUUCUCAAGGAGUUCGCAGUUUUCAUCCAAGGUGUGGCUAUCCCCGUCAGCCGGACAAAAUACGAGGACCACUGCUGCCAUAUAAGGGCAAAGUUUCAGUGUCGUCACAGAAGUUCUCACAAUCUGAAGACGCCCUCCCCCGGAUUGGUGGUAUGAUGGACUCCAAUCUGGAAGACUUGGAAGACCAACAUUGUGAAGCGACCCGGGGGAUUGAGUCUGCUCGUGAGGAUAACAAGGCAGAUGGUGCUAAAAAGGAGGAGUCCAACAAGAAGAGUCACUCUGGCAACAAUCCGGGCAGAGUCAAGCGAGUUGUGUCUUACAAGAGGAAGACGCGUCAUUUGGUGAUGGCUCGAAAAAAGCCCCAAAGUUCAGGAAGGACGCAUGACGCGGCAAAGAACGACAACAAGAGGCAGGAGAUGUUUGACAUGGACCCUCAGGUGUUGAUGCCAAACGGCAACCACACGACGGGCAGGACUGAUUUUCAACACGAUGAGUACUCGAAACUUGCUGAGCUUACAAGGGACCACAGCACAAUCACCCAAGUGCUGCUUGGAAGAAACCUGAGACUUAAAGUGGCUUUAUCACUAUGGAAAAGACAUUUUGGAGAGUUGAUAACAUACUUCCAGAGAAUCCAAGACACCGGUGUCUUUGUUGACAUGCUCCCUCUCAUCAGCAGAUGCUUGGAUAACAACUCCUCCGACAUCACCAUCGGCUGUUGCGUGGACCUGUUCCCAUUGGUGCACAAGGUCCUCAUCAGUCCUUACGAAGGAUAUGUCACCGUUGGUUUAACGUGGAUCCAUUCGGUUUUGAAACACUGGCGGGAACCUCUGAAAGCAAGCGGGUGCACUGGAUCCACUGAGCCUUCUUUGGAUCGAAACUUCCCCGUCUUCAAUCAGCAGUUGCUGGAGUUAUGGCAUCGAGAGCCGAAGCUGAAGUCUUUUCCCGGAGCUGCGGGAGACGUGGCAAAGGUCAUUGAUGUCUUCCUGUCUCAACUUACUUUCCAUGAAUGAAGAGCCAGAAAACAAAGUUUCCUCAAGUACAAAUCCAUCCCUUGAGGUUCUGAAAAUGCGCAGCGGUCUCAUAUAUUUCUAAACAGAAAGUGAUUUACUAUUCUGUCGUCCAGGCAAGACGAGAGAAGUUCCGUACGGCAUGUUUGUUGACGCUUUGCUGUCUAACGGUGACCAUUAAAUGUGUUGAUUACA